ACGUCAGAUUCAAACUUACGUGAGCUCAUUCUCAGUUGUCUGUUUGCUCGUCUUUCCUUUCAUUUCUUUAACUACAAAAACAGACUUCACCAAAAAUCUGUUUACAACCUACCCUAUUUCCCAUGGUUUCGUAAGAGAAAGAGAGAGAGAGCAUCUUAGAUCCCUGAAAUUUUGGGAGUCCUAGAAGUAAGAAAAGGUAGAAUUUUUUAUACCUUUUCUUCUCUCUGCAUCCUUGUCUCCAUCUCCAUCUAGUGAGAGAGAGAGAGAGAGAGAUGCAGACGAUUUGUUUAGGAGGGGGCAUCCUUAAUCUCAGUGCCACUGCCCAAAUCAAGAAUCUCAAGCAUCAACCUUUUUCUUGUAUUCCCAAUUUGUCUCAUUGCCAGAUUCCCAAAUCUGGAUUCUCUUCUCCACCUCAGCUCUUAUCAGGUUCUUGUAGAGCCAGUCAAGUGGCUGAAUUAUUCCCCACAGUCUCUCCCGAGAUCCUCGUUCGUGAGGCGAGGAUAGAGGACUGCUGGGAAGUCGCUGAGACGCACUGCAGCUCUUUCUUCCCAGAAUUCAUUUUCCCUCUAGAUUUUGUAAUGAGAAUUGACAGGCUAAUCGCGAUGCUCUUUGGAUUCUCGCUACCAAAGGGCUGCCGAAGAACUUGCCUAGUUGCUGUAACCGGAACUUCUUUCUUAGGGAGUGAUGAUCUCAGGAUUGCAAGUUUUGAUGGAAAACUCAGUCUAAGCAAAGGGUAUGUAGCUGGGAUCUUGACAGUGGAUACGGUAGCAGAUUUUCUUCCACGAAAAGGGCCUCAUCGACAAAGAAGGACAGGAAUUGCGUACAUAUCGAAUGUUGCUGUCCGAGAAAGAUUUCGGAGAAAGGGAAUAGCGAAGACCUUGGUUGCUAAAGCGGAGGCAAAGGCUAAAUCUUGGGGAUGCCGUGCCAUCGCGUUGCAUUCUGACCUUAACAACCCUGGAGCUACGAAGCUCUACACAAGCAGAGGCUUCAGAUGCAUCGAUGUGCCAGCCGGAGCGAACUGGCCGGAGCCGAGGACGUCACCGGAGAUGCAGUUCAACUUCAUGAUGAAGCUCCUCAAUUCCACAAACAGUUCAGGUAAUGUAGGAGGCAGAAAAAUGCUGGAAAAUGAUGCCUGUUACCUGUAACUGCUGAGUAGAUGACAUAAUUUCAACAUGUAGAUAAUUGAACACGUUGCUGAUACGCUAAUGUAAUUAUUUCUGGAUGUGAUAUUGUUUUGUGACUCAAUUAGAUUGUCAUACAAUUAUGAAAGCAUUGAGUUUUUCCA